UACACCCUUUUGCGGCGAAAAGCGCAGGGUCCGAGGCUUGGGUGUUUUUUAGACGUAUAUUUGUACAAGAUGUCGUCGUUAAUAGCAGCCAGCGCGUUCCGUCAGUUUUCGCGGCCUUUGCCGCUAUCUUCACGUCUUCGCAAAGUGGUCUCAUGGCGAAUGUUUGCCACCACGAACAUGGCCUCUGCCAACCAGCACAUGAAGAUGGAGGUGAAAAACGAUGUGGCUGUCAUCCGGAUCGACUCGCCCGGAAAGGUGAAUGUACUGAACCAGCCGGUGAUGGAGGAGAUGAAGGCGAUGCUGGAGGCGGUGCAGGCCGAUCCAGCCGUGAAGGCGGCCGUGCUGAUCUCGGGCAAGCCGGCCAACUUCAUCGCUGGCGCCGACAUCAGCAUGCUGGAGCGAGUGAAGUCGGCGGCUGAGGCGCGGGAGCUCUCCAAGGCCUGCCAGGACCUGCUGGCCGAGGUGGAGGCCAGCAAGAAGCCGUUCGUCUCGGCCAUCAUGGGCUCCUGUCUGGGCGGCGGCCUUGAGGUGGCGCUGGCCACCCACUAUCGGGUGGCGGUGAAGGGCAAGGCGUCGCUGGGCGUGCCGGAGGUGCUGCUGGGCCUGCUGCCGGGCGGCGGCGGCACGCAGCGCCUGCCGCGGCUCACGUCCGUGCCCACGGCGCUCGACAUGGCGCUCACUGGCAAGAUGGUGAAGGCCGACAAGGCCAAGAAGCUGGGCCUGGUGGACGCGCUCAUCGUCCCACUCGGUCCCGGUCUCAAGUCGGCCGACGAGCGGACCCUGGAGUACCUGGAGGAGGUGGCGGUGGGCACGGCCUCGCAGCUCGCCGCCGGCGGCCUCAAGCCGAAACGAGAUAAGGGGCUUGCAGAUAAGGCGCUGAACUUUGCCCUGAAGUACGACUUUGUGAAGGACCAGGUGUUCAAGAAAGCGCGAGGUCAAGUGAUGAAGCAGACGAACGGACUGUACCCGGCCCCACUGAAGAUCCUGGAGGUGGUGCGCGCCGGCCUCGACGGCGGCCUGCAGAAGGGCUACGAGGCAGAGUGCAACGGCUUUGGGGAGCUGGCCGUGACGCCCGAGUCGCGCGGCCUGAUCGGCCUCUUCCACGGCCAGACCGAGUGCAAGAAGAACCGCUUCGGCAAGCCGCAGCGCCGCUCGCAGACGCUGGCAGUGCUGGGCGCCGGCCUCAUGGGCGCCGGCAUCGCGCAGGUCUCCGUCGACAAGGGCAUGAAGUGCAUCCUCAAGGAUAUGAACACCAGCGGCCUGGCCCGCGGCGUCAACCAGGUGGAGGCCGGCAUCAAGAAGAAGGUCAAGCGGCGCGCCAUCACCAGUUUCGAGGGCGAGCAGUUCAUGUCGAACCUAGCGCCGACCAUCACCUACGACGGCUUCGGCAAGGCUGACAUGGUGAUCGAGGCCGUGUUCGAGGACCUGGCGGUGAAGCACAAGGUGCUGCAGGCCACCGAGGCCGUCAUCCCCGACCACUGCAUCUUCGCCUCCAACACGUCCGCCCUGCCCAUCACCAAGAUCGCCGCCGUCAGCAAGCGGCCGGAGAAGGUGAUCGGGAUGCACUACUUCUCGCCGGUGGACAAGAUGCAGCUGUUGGAGAUCAUCACGACGGACAAGACGUCCAAGGACACGGCCGCUGCCGCCGUCGACGUGGGUCUGCGCCAGGGCAAGGUGGUCAUCACCGUCAAGGACGGGCCCGGCUUCUACACCACGCGCAUCCUGGCGCCCAUGCUGGCCGAAAACAUCCGCGUUCUGCAGGAGGGCAGCUCGCCCAAGGACCUGGACCGGCUCACCAAGGACUACGGCUGGCCUGUCGGCAUGGCCACGCUCGCUGACGAAGUCGGUCUGGACGUGGCGAUGCACGUGUCCGCCGACCUGGGCCAGGCGUUCGGAGAUCGCUUCAGCGGCGGUAAUGUCGAGGUCAUCAAGGACAUGGUGGAUCAGGGAUUCAUGGGCCGCAAGUCGGGCAAGGGCAUGUACCUGUACCCGAAGGACUCGAAGGACCGGCCGCUGAACGACGGCGCGCUGGCCAUCCUGAAGAAGUACUCGCUGGAGCCGCGCGGCCUCAGCUCAGAUGCCGACAUCCAGCUCCGUCUGGUGGCGCGUUUCGUCAACGAGGCAGUGCUCUGUCUCCAGGAGGGCAUCCUCGCCAGUCCGCUGGAGGGCGACAUCGGCGCCGUGUUCGGGCUCGGCUUCCCGCCGUUCACCGGCGGUCCGUUCCGGUUCGUGGACCGGGUGGGCGCCGCCCAGCUGGUGGCCGACAUGGAGCGCUUCGGCGCCGUGUACGGCGUCGCCUUCGAGCCCUGCCAGCUACUGCGGGACCACGCCAAGGCCGGCACCAAGUUCUACCCGGCCAAGUAGCCGAGCUCAGCUGCGCACUGCCGCCGCCCGCGUGCAGCACUGCUAACCAGAUAUGUGAUUAAUCUGAGGUGUAUCAAAUAGCCCCAUAUGGUCAGGUCGCCAUCUGGUGGUAUCCGCCGGUGCUGGCGCGGCGCAUCUACCGCCGCUCGUUGUUAUUGCUGGUGCACCAGUCUGGGGUGUGUGAAAUGUCAGCGGGGAUGGCUCCGCGCCGGUUUGCCUUGUGCCCGCGGCCAGGGCGACGCUAUACGCCAAGUUGAAUCAAGGUGCGACACAGGCGUCGCCGGAUUUUGUUUUUCGACCGCCAGCUAUUGACAGGGUGUAGGCCGUCGGUGUGGAGCCUGCAGGCUCUCCGCUCGGUCGAGGCUUCGUGAGUGCUGCCGCCCGCCAGCCCAGUGGCCAGCUCGGCCGGGUGUGGACAGAGGGCCAUCCAGCGCCAACCGGCGGCAGGGCAGCGAGGGGGCACGAGAGCGUGUGAGGCUCGAGACCACUAUCAAUGCAAUCGUAGUGUGCCGUGCAGUAGACGAUUCAUGACUGGAAUAUAUGUGAUGGUUCGUA